AUGAAGGUCUCUGCUUCUCGACGCGAGCGCUGCCGCAUCAACCAGGCCAGAUACAGGCAGAGGCAGCGGCAGCACGAGGAGGAGCUCGAUCAGAGCAUCCGACAGGUGCAGGAGGAGAUCCAGGACCUCGAGUCCCAGCGGCAGGACAUUCUGCGCUGCGCCCCCACGAACGAGAGCGUGUGGGUCGUGGCCACCGAGUACUUCCGCCUCUUCCGCUACGGGUUCAUGGCGCCCUUGAUGGUGCCCGAGUCCAAGUCUGCAUCGGUGCUGAGCAAGACCAACAAGACCCAGAACUCGACGGCGUUGAAGCAGUCAAACGUGCAGCUCGAGUUCCUGAAGGAGAGCAUGGCGGAAGACGUAACCGAUGGCGUCGCGUGUGGCGCGGAGGCGUUGCUGGAAAACUGGAGGCUCCUCUCGCUCUACCACAACGAUGUGCACUUCCAGCUCCAGCGGCUGGAGCAAAAGCGAGAAGAAUCGCUCAGCGCUGUGACCAAGACCAGCGUCACCAUCACCAAGAAUACGCUGCGCCAUGUGUACCCGCACCUGGGCAUCGAGCACCCGGCACUUGCCGCGAAGCUGCUGGGCCAGCGGCUGGUUAUGCGUGGAACGGUGCACUUCCACUGGGACAACGCUAGCGGCCGAGUGGUGCGGGUGGAGUCCAAGGUGGACGCACUGACGCCGAUGCUGAAGCUACUGGGCAGUCUCGAGAACGUUGCUAUUGUCUUCGAGAGGGCUCUGAUGACCCCCGAGGGCAGGUUUAGUGUACAGUGA